AUGGCGCUGUUCAGAAGACUCUUCUACCGGAAGCCGCCAGAUCGGCUCCUGGAGAUCUCUGAGAGGGUAUAUGGUAAUGCUUUCACCCUGAGUGUCCUGUUGUGUCCCGGAAUCCUUCAACGGGAACGAAAUUAUGCUCAUAGCCCGUGAUUCUUAGCGGAGCAGCGUGGAAUUUUCUAGUGUCUAACUUCUUGACUAGAAGGGGAAGUCGUGUCCGAUGGCUUCAUUUCUCUAAAAGAGACUCUUAGCUUCUGUAGCCUACGAUCGAGGAACGGUGCUCAUCUGACGUCUGGAGGGAUAGAAAUGGGCGUCAAUUUUGUUAUUUCUAAUCGACGCUCUCACUCCUCAAUCAAUUAUCUGUUUCAUGCCUUCAUCCAUUUGAAGAAAUCUGUUGAUGAAAACGCAGAAUAUUUUUGGUCAUUGCGAUAUUUUGUACUCAUCACAUUAUUUCGGUGAUACAUCAUUUUAUUUUUCCACCAAAUUAUGGGUGUUGAUUCUGAUAAUUGCUAGAAGGGAAAUGGCUCCGGGCAACCUCCAAGAAUUUUUUCACCCGUCUUUAUCAAGUGUGGCUGAACAUAGGGGAUUUUAGAUUUUUCUCUGCUUUAUCUCAUGCCGCUGAAUCAAGUGCUGUUUCCUUUAGCAUCAAUUCCUUUCAAAAUUCUAAUCUCUUGUGAAUGCUCGUGUUCAUGCAUGGCACAGUGUUUGAUUGUUGCUUCGCUGCUGAUACACUCGGGGAACAUGAAUACAAGGAAUACAUAAGCGGCAUCAUGGAACAGCUGCAAGUUUAUUUUCCCGAGGCUUCGUACAUGGUUUUCAACUUCACAGAAAGAGCUAAGAGGAGUCAGACUUCUGACAUAUUAUCAAACUGUGAUCUGAAUGUCAUGGAUUACCCUCAGGAUUAUGAAGGCUGUCCCUUGCUCCCGUUGGAGAUGAUCCACCGCUUCUUGAAGUCAAGUGAGAGUUGGCUAUCAUUGGAAGGGCAGCAGAAUAUAUUGUUGAUGCAUUGUGAGAGAGGAGGUUGGCCUGUGCUUGCAUUUAUGCUUGCAGGGCUUCUACUUUACCGAAAACAGUAUACAGGGGAGCAGAAAACUUUGGAGAUGGUGUACAAGCAAUCCCCUAGGGAAUCCUUUUUCUCUUCUCUAAACCAUCAACCUUCUCAACUGAGAUAUCUUCAGUACAUUUCCAGAAGGGGUUCUGAUUCAGAUUGGUCACCUUUAGAUGCAUGCUUGACCCUGGAUUGUCUAAUUCUUUCAUCCCUUCCCAAUUUCAACGGCCAAGGGGGUUUCAGGCCAAUAAUUCGUGUUCGUGGUCAAGAUCCCCUGACCCCUGGGGAGAGAACCACUAAAGUUCUUUUUUCGUCAGGAAAGACUAAGAAACAUGGCCGGGACCAUGGACAGGUGAUCCUCUUUCUUCUUGGAAGUACAUGCUUUUUUCUUCAGGUUGGCUCGUGAAUUCCCGUUGAUAAAUUCGGUUGCUGCAGGCGGGUGGUUCACCUGUAAAGGUGAAUGUCCAUUGCCGUGUCCAGGGGGAUGUAGUUCUUGAAUGCCUAUAUCUGUGUGGGGACCAACAGCACGAGGAAAUGAUGCUCCGGGUCAUGUUUAACACAGCAUUCAUUCAAGGUAACAUAUUGAUACUGAACCGUGAUGAAAUUGAUGUAGUCCGGAAUUCCAAGGAUCAAUUCCCAAAAGACUUCAAAGCGGAGGUAGGUACUUGUAUUUUCUUUACUCUGACGUAA